UCAAAACACCAGCAGCUGGAGAGACCAGAGACCAGAGACCAGACCAGGGACUAGAGACCAGAUCAUGUUGAGUCCACUCCGAGUCCUGGUUUCUGGUCUUGCUCAGUCCACCACAAGAUGUUGCUCUGGAUAUGUGUCCAGAAUGAGGUUCCUGAACCAUCUGAAGGAGGAUGAUGUUGCCUGUGAAGAGGCUGUCUCAAACUCAGACCUGAUGUUGUUUCAUUCUCUGAAACCGCUGCUCAAGAAGAACCGUGACAGAACCCUCUCAUCAGUGUCUCUACACCACCGAGAUGUGAGCUCAUUGCUCCAGAAACUUGGCGCUGACCUGUCAAUCAUCCGGGACUCUAUUUUGAUUGGCUGCUCGGACAGAGGCAGUGCCCACUUCUGUUUGGAUCUGGCUGCUGUAGACGCCACCACCGUAGAAGAAGAAUGCGCUGCCAUGUUUGUAGACCUGAGGAAGUCCUUUUUCCUGCUGUCGAAAUCAGAGGCGCCUCUUGUGGCCAAGAGUCAGGCAUUGCUCCGUUGGCAUCAGACUCACCGAUUUUGCAGCUUCUCUGGAAAACCCACCAAGAGGAACCGAUCUGGGAGCCAGAGGUUCACAGAGGGGUCAAAGGUCAUCCACUACCCUCAGAUGUCUCCAGUGGUCAUUGCCCUGGUGCAUGAUGGGAGUCGCUGUUUAUUGGGGCGUCAGGCUUCAUUUCCUCCAGGAUUCUACAGCGCUCUUGCCGGGUUCUGCGACAUGGGAGAGAAUGUGGAGGAAACGGUCCGCAGGGAAGUGGCAGAGGAGGUGGGACUCGAGGUGCAGUCUGUCACUUACAGCUGCUCUCAGCAUUGGCCCUUUCCCAACAGUUCCUUCAUGAUUGGCUGCUUCGCUGCCAUUAGCCCCGCCCACUCCCAGCUGUCUGUGGACCACUCAGAGCUGGAGGACGCACGAUGGUUCGAUCUCCGACAAAUCCAAGCCGGCCUCAAAAUCGCUCCACCCAAAAAAGGAGAUCCUGUGGUCACAUGGUUCCCUCCGAGACAUGCCAUUGGACAGUGGCUGAUCGCAGAGUGGGCAGAGCAGCAGAGCAGCAGAGACAUCACUUGA